AGUUUCAACGGUCGUAGAAAGUAGAUGUGUAUUUUAUAAUUUAUUUUUCAUCAUCAUCUCUCAAAUCAAAAAAAAUACAAAAUAAAAAAAAAUAAAAUACACAACAACAUCACGCAUAUAACGAGCUGCUCGCAUAUAACUACAGCCACACAGCGUUCAAGUUGUGAAGUUUUUUUAUUUUAUUUUUUUCGUUGAAAUAAUAUUUUUUUACACACACCCUUAAUAAGAUAAAAAAAAAAUUGGGGAUAUCGCAUACUUUUCUCCAAGUAUUUACUUUUUUGUACGAUUUUACAAGUUAUUUGUUUACCGAAUAGUUUAGCGUUGGACCGUCGUCGUCGUAAUUGAGCUUAAAUACACUAAUAAAGUGACACAUGCUGUAAAAAAAUUCAAAAAAAAAUAAAAGAAAAAUUAAAAAAGAGGCUGAAAGCAUUCCGCUGUGUGUAAAUUUUUUCUUCUAUUAGAGAGAAAGACACAGAGUAAAAAAAAAAUACGGCGGCGUGUAAAGAAAUUACUGCGAGUGAAUGUGUAGGAAAAAAAAUUAUUGAAUCACCGGCAGUGCGGCGCAGAGAAAUUGAAUUGUCGAAAUUUUAAUUUUUUUUUCGUUACUUAAACUUUUACUUAUUCUAACCUCAAAUUCGAACGGGAACGACGAAAAAAUCGAGGACCAAAGGCGGCAAAAAAUUUUUAUUUAAUUUUUUAUUGUAAACAUCAACAUUUCCACAGAUAAAACAUUCAAAAUGACGCAAAUAAUCAAAGAUGUGCACGACUGGUAUAGAGAUUUAAUGGAUAACAAAAGUGAUCCCAGAGUUAACGACUGGCCAAUGAUGUCUUCGCCGUUUCCGACACUCGCCCUCUGUCUUUUCUACGCGUAUUUUAGCAAAUCGUUAGCGCCAAAAAUCAUGGCAAACAGAAAACCCUUCGACCUGAGGAACGUUCUAGUUGUUUAUAAUCUAAUUCAAACAGUUUUUAGCAUAUGGAUAUUUUACGAGUAUUUACAAAGCGGUUGGUGGGGUCAUUAUAGCUUUAAGUGUCAACCUGUCGAUUAUUCCAACGAUCCAAUGGCUCUUCGGAUGGCGCGCACUUGUUGGUGGUACUACAUUGCCAAAUUCACAGAAUUCUUCGAUACGCUGUUCUUCUUGAUGAGAAAAAAGUUCAAUCACGUUUCGACAUUGCAUGUCAUUCAUCACGGAUGCAUGCCGUUCUCGGUAUGGAUGGGAAUGAAGUUUGCGCCAGGCGGUCAUAGCACCUUCUUCGCUAUGUUGAACUCCUUCGUGCAUAUCGUCAUGUACUUCUACUACAUGGUCGCUGCAUUGGGACCAAAAUACCAAAAAUUCAUUUGGUGGAAAAAAUAUCUUACAGCCUUCCAAAUGGUACAAUUCGUCGCUAUUUUCACACAUCAAUUCCAAUUGUUAUUCCGCGAAUGUGAUUACCCCAAAGGAUUCAUGGUCUGGAUCGGCUUGCAUGGUGUCAUGUUCCUCUUCCUCUUCUCCGACUUUUACAAACAAGCGUACAACAAACGUGCUGCUGCUGCCCACAAAAAAUUCGACGAUUACCAAAACGGUAAAAUCAUGGCAAACGGUCAUGCCAACGGAAAACUUAAUGGAACAAAUGAAGGCGCUUGCAUGCCUGUAUUAGAAGAUGAACCUGUCUUGAAGAACGGAAAUGGCGUUCACAUGAAUGGAAAUGGGCACAAAUACACAAAUGGAUACACGAAUGGACACAUUUACAACAACAACAACGGCACGGUGAACGGCAAUGGACUGAAAUCGAGGAAAGAUUAACAAGAUUUUUAGGCAAAAAGUAAUUUUAGAAAAUCAGAAACAAUCAGAAAAAAAUAGAUCAUGACUAUUUAUUAGAAAAAAAAAAUAAAUAAAAUGGAAAAAAUUUAAUUUAAAAAAAAAAAUAUUGGAAUAAAAAUUUACAAAAAUGUACAAUAAUAAAUUGAAUAAAAAAAUGAAGAGGAACAAAAAAAAUCGGAUAGGAACAAAAAAAUAGAAUUACAGCAUUUUUCUAACAAAUUUACCAUUUUUUGUAUUUUUUUGCUCAAAUAUGUGUUAAGCUAAAAACUUUAUUUCAUCGCAUAAUAAAUAAUUAAAAUAUUUAAUAUUAUUGUUGGGUGCAUAUUUUACAUUAAAACAAACAUCGAU